AUGAACACUGUUCGGUUCGUCAGACCCAUUGCGGCUCGGGUGCCGUUCCAGCGCUCAACCUUGCCUCGCGUGGUUCGCGCGUAUAGCUCCAAGUCUUUCGAGUACAUCCAGACGUCUACUCCCAAACCCGGCGUCGGCCAAGUCACGCUCAACCGACCCAAGGCCCUCAAUGCCCUCUGCACCCCACUGAUCAACGAGCUCAACGAGGCUCUCAACGAGUUCAAUGCUUCAGAUGAAACGUCCGUCAUUGUCCUCACCGGCUCCGAGAGGGCCUUUGCUGCCGGCGCCGACAUCAAGGAAAUGGCCCCUCUGACCUUCUCCGAAGCCUAUACCAAGUCCUUCAUCGAGUCGUGGUCUCUCCUGACCACACAGAUUAAGAAGCCCAUUAUUGCUGCCGUCUCCGGCCACGCCCUCGGCGGAGGCUGCGAGCUUGCCAUGAUGUGCGACCUCAUCUACUGCACGGAAAAGGCCAACUUCGGACAGCCCGAGAUCAAGCUUGGUACCAUUCCCGGUGCUGGUGGCAGCCAACGCCUGACCCGAGCCAUCGGCAAAUCCAAGGCCAUGGAGCUUAUUCUAACGGGCAAGUCCUUCUCUGGCGCUGAAGCCGAGAGGUGGGGUGUCGCCGCCAGAACUUUCCCAACCUACGAGGCCUUGAUGGAGGAGACGCUCAAGACUGCCGAGACCAUUGCCGGAUACUCCAAGGUUGCUGUCCAGGCGUGCAAGGAGGUUGUCAACAAGAGCCAGGACCUGGGUCUACGAGACGGUGUCGAGUUUGAGCGACGUGUCUUCCACAGCUUGUUUGGCAGCCAAGACCAGAAGAUUGGCAUGAAGGCCUUUGCGGAGAAGACCAAGGCCGAGUGGACUCACUCUUAG